UCAAAAGUCAACUUUAUAUGGAAAUUGGAAUUGCUCGUUCACUUUUGAGUCUAUUUUCUAACACUGCAAGUAGACUAUGUAAGUCCAACGGUUGUUAAAAAGCAGAGUCAUCAAAGCAUUACUUUACUGAGUUACAAUAAAAACAAAUUCAACGCUCCUUGUGAACUCUAAUCCCUAUACCAACUCACCAUUAACUGCCCCAAGCUUUAGAGAUACAGAGAUAUUUCACUAAUGAAUCAUCUAGUUCUUCUCUUCAUAGCAUUUCUUUGCAUCUGUCUCUUGAAAUUUGUGUACUCAAUCGUAUGGAUCCCCUGGAAGAUCCAAAACCACUUCAAAAAACAAGGAGUAGCAGGCCCUGGCUACCGUCCAAUCUUCGGAAACUCAGCUGAGAUCCGCCGUCUGUUUGCAGAAGCUCAGUCAAAGCCAGCUCCACUUCACCACCACGAUGUCCUUCAACGGGUGGCUCCAUUCUACCACAGGUGGUCCAACAUGUAUGGGAAACCGUUCUUGUAUUGGUUCGGGUCAAAACCGAGGCUGGGAAUAUCCGAUCCGGCUAUGAUCAAGGAGGCUGCCAUGAACACGGGCGCGGCGUUUCAUAAGGUCGGGUUUAACCCCAUGAGCAGGAUGCUCUUCGGACAGGGACUUGUGGGGUUGGAAGGUGAAGAAUGGGCCGUUCACAGGAGGAUUGCAAACCAGGCCUUCAGUAUGGAAAGAGUUAAGGGUUGGAUACCUGAAAUUGUGGCUGCUACUACGAAAAUGCUUGAGAAGUGGGAGGAAAACAGAGCCGGGAGAGAUGAAUUCGAAUUGGAAGUGAACAAAGAACUUCAUGACUUCUCUGCUGAUGUUAUAUCCAGAACAGCAUUUGGAAGCAGUUUUGAAGAAGGAAAACGUAUCUUCAUGUUACAAGAACAGCAGAUGAAGCUUUUCUCUCUGGCUGUAAGAAGUGUCUAUAUCCCAGGGUUCAGGUUUUUGCCUACUAGGAAUAACAGAGAGAGGUGGAGAUUAGAGAAGGAAACUCGUGAAUCUGUACGGGCACUGAUACGGGCUAACAGCAACAGAAGAGAAAAUUCUUCAAGUCUACUUGGUCUUUUGAUGUCUUCAUACAAGAAUCAACAUGAUCAAGAAGAGAGGUUAGGCGAGGGAGACAUAAUAGACGAGUGCAAGACCUUUUACUUUGCAGGAAAGGAAACAGCUGCUAAUGCUUUAUCCUGGGCACUUCUGCUUUUGGCAUUGAAUCCAGAAUGGCAAGACAAAGCACGAGAAGAAGUGCUUCGCAUCUGUGGAAAUGAUAAGCUCCCAGUUGCAGAGAACUUGAACGACUUGAAGAUUGUGACCAUGAUAAUCAAUGAAACACUUCGGCUCUACCCAGCAGCAGUGUUGAUGAUGAGGCAAGCAGGCAAGGACGUUAAGCUAGGGAAGCUCAACGUUCCUACUGGUACACAGCUCUAUUUGGCACUGACCGCUGUUCAUAACGACGCUGACAUAUGGGGAGAAGAUGCUAACAAGUUCAACCCCUCGAGAUUCAAAGAGUCCCGAAAGCAUUUAGCCUCGUUUCUUCCAUUUGGUUUGGGCCCUAGAACUUGUGUUGGCCAGAAUUUAGCCAUGGCCGAGUUUAAAAUUGCUCUAGCUAUGAUUGUCCGGCAAUAUUCCUUGGCAGUGUCCCCUACUUAUGUUCAUGCCCCUAUGCUGUUCAUCACCCUGCAGCCCCAAUAUGGUCUACAGAUGCUCCUAACAAAACUCUAAGGGCUCUAAAUCGAUGUAAAAUAGAUGCAAAGAUGGUCUUCUUUGACAUUAUUGUCUGAGCUCAUAUGCGAAGAAAUCUUUGAUUGGAAAGAACAAAAUUUGCUUGUUAA